ACAUCCUACAUCGCUCAAGUCACCGUGGGCACACAAACCGUUCCUCUCCUGGUCGACACCGGGUCCUCCGAUCUCUGGGUUGCACCGAGCAGCUUUCAAUGCUUGGAUGAGAGUGGAAAAGCGACGAAUCAGUCCGCCUGUGACUUUCCCGCUUUCUACGAGGGGUCCUUCUCUGGCGGCGUCGUACCGGACGAGUAUUUUUCGAUUAUCUAUGGCAAUGGGCAGUACCUGUAUGGCCCGUAUGGGUUAGAGUCUGUUUCUUUCGGCGGUGUUACGGUGCACAACCAGCAGAUUGCAUUACCAUCGGAGGGUUACUUCCACGCCUCGACAGGUGAUUUCGCUGGUCUUCUGGGGCUGGCCUACCCAGCCAUGGUUCCGGCGAGAAAGGGGCAAGCUCCGAAGCCUGCGCUGAAUAACAGUGACGAGUUUGGUGAGCAUGACACAUGGUUCUUCAAUGCUGUCAGGCAGAACUUGACGGAGCCCAUAUUCAGUAUGGCUCUGGAUGUUGAUGGUGAUGGUCUUCUCGGCAUUGGUGAAAUUGUGGAUGUUCCCCUCGUGGGGAAUUUCACGUCGACUCCAAUCUUGGUGGUAAAUGCUAAUGACGUCCAGACGAACCUUGUCAACGAGACCCGAGCUGCAACAAACUUCACCUACUACACGAUCAUCGCUGACGACUAUAUCAUCGACGGCAAGCCCUUCUCCAAGCUUUCAGAAGAGAACAACGACAUACCAGCCAGCCAAGGCUUCCCAGUAGUUGUGGACAGCGGCUGGUCAGCAAACGUUCUGCCUCCGUCCCUCGUGACGCACUUCUACGACACCUUUGCCGAUCCUCCCAAGCUCGUGGACAUUGGUGGCGGCAAUACUAUGUUCACUGCGCCCUGUGAUGCUACCGUACCUGAAUUUGGCGUGCAGAUAGGCACAGAAGUCUUCACGAUGGCACGUGAAACGAUCCUCGUCUCGAGAUUGAAUACUACCUUGAACGGCACGAUGGUUUGCGGACUGGGUAUACAGCCUGGCGUGGAAUUUGCCGGGGUACUGGGGGAUACGUUCUUGAGCAAUGUGGUUGCUGUGUUCGAUGUGGGUGCUUCGGAGAUGCGUUUUGGUCAGCGUGUC